CUCCAUAGUAACGAUCGGACUGCGUAUUGAGAAGGGUUAGCGCACUGAUAUUCAUUAACUAUUAAUAUUGCGGCCCGCAGGAGCUCGGUAAAAACAUGGAGGAAAUGAUGGAUAAUGUAUUGGGAGUGAGGGUUUCACCACCAUUGAUUCACUUCAUGGAUGUAUUGGUAGGGAAGAAUUACCAAGCAACACUGACUGUACAAAAUAUCAGUGGUGGAGUCAAAACCAUCAAAAUUGAGGGGCCUCAAGAUGCACAAUUUACACUUACUGUAAACAAUCCAGAUAAACCCAUAGCACCUGGACUUCAAGUGAAAGCAGUGGUAGAAUAUCGACCUAAAGAAAAUGAAGACAUCCGUGAAAAGAUACGCAUUUUGGUUGAUGAAGAUGUCAUUGAUGUCACUGUGCUAGGGUUCACACCCUCCUGCUACUUAGAAAUUGAUCCUGAAGUUAAUUUUGGGAGUGUAAUUGCAAACGGCAAAGUUAUAUAUAAAGAGAUUGGCAUUAUGAACCAUGGUUCCUCUCCAGGUUCUUUCAAAAUUAAAUAUGGAGGAUCUCUUCCCAUCACCAUUACACCAAGCAGUGGAAUAGUGGAGUCAAAAAGUCAGCAGUUAAUUAGAGUUGAAUUGUGUGCUGACAAACCCCGAAUAGUUGAUUUAUUGGCCAAGGUGAAACUCCAAGAUCGCGAUGAGAUACAUUUAUCAAUCAAAGGGAAUAUAAUCAAACAAAAUUUGGAGUUAUUGGAUAUGUCCGGUAAACCUUUAAAGUGCAUUCAGUUUACAGCCACAUACUUUGGAACAUCACAGACACAUCAAGCAGUUCUUUACAACAAUAGCCCAGAGGAACUCAGCUGGGUUUCUCUUCUAGAUGAUAAUGCUCCUGGUGUAGAGAUGGGUACUGAUCUUCACAGAAAUACAGACGCCAUCUUGUUCAAUACAGAUUACAUGAGAAGAGAUGCACACGUUGGCAAUCUGAUUUCUUGUUUACCCAAUCAAGGUGUGCUGCUUCCUUUUUCUAAGACUACUCUCAAUAUAUGCUUCAGUCCCAAACAGUUUACUGAAGACAUCAAAUCUGACAUGCUUCCACCUCAGCAGGACUAUGCAUUGUUUUUGAGGUUUGAACCGGGAGGAAGUAGUUUUCUUCAAUUACAGACAGACUUUAACACAGGCAAUAACGAAAAGAAGAAACAUGUGGAAUUGGCUAUAACAGGCUCUGCGUUCCCUGUUGCAUUAACAUUCAAUCCAGGAACAGUGUACAAUUUUAAGGAAUGCUUCAUCGGGGAACAGAUCGAUAUUCUAUGUUCACUAAAAAAUGAAUCACCAUUCCUCCCUGUGGUGUUUAGCUUUCACAAAAUAUCCCAUUUUCAUAUCUCUCCAGCAAACGCAAAAAUACAGCCUGGAAAAUCUCUGGAUGUGAUGUUUUCAUUUAUACCACAUCAAGUUGGAACAUUUAAAGUGAAACAAGUGGUAGAUAUUUUGGGCCCAACUUCAGAAGAUAAUUUGCCAGCUUUGAAAACAAAAGCUUUUCAUCAGAAACGGCUUACAUUUUUGGCUAUAUGCAAACCUGUAACAAAGAAAAUUGUGAUGAAAAUCAAUCCAGGUAUUACUCCUGUGGUUUCUAAUGCCACUGUACAGUUUGUCCAAGCUGUAGAUAAUGAAGGAACAUUUGCUGGAUCCACCCGAGUUGCUACUUUGAAUGCAGCAAAAACACAAAUUCAUGAUCACCAGAGCAAAAGCAGAACAGACCAGGGAACACUUGUGGCAUUUCCUAACGAUCGAGCUGCAAGCCUUCGGCCCAGUGACCCUCAGACACAAUACAGAACAAUUUUCACUAAAGUUGAGAGAUACAACUAUGUUGAUCCAGAUUAUGCAUACACUGAAUUUGAAGAAACCGUGAAAAAGGCUCACAAGACCUAUUAUGAUAAUUAUAUUAAAAACAGAAGAGAACAACGUCUGGAAAGAGAAAGAGCUAGAGAAUUUGAAGAUGUCAACAAUCCGGUAGACAUUGGAAUUACACCAGCAGAAGGCCUUCAUCCUCCAAAGAUCUCAAUAAAGGAAUGCAUUAAUGAACCUAAAGAACCAAAAACUGCCACUACAAUUGAUGGGGAUUUGCUGACAAUAAGCAAACUUGCUGAUGGGGAAGCUAGAUCCUUAACUAAAGAAAUUACCGGUGGUUUUAAUGCCAUUCCCUGCACUGCUGCUGAAAAGCAAGAUUGUAGCCUAACACUGACACCUCAACAACUUCAUCAAGUUAUGAUCGGUCCUUCUGCAAUAGAUUUUGGAGAAGUAUGUAUUGGCUCUUUAUCUGUAAAAGAAAUGAGUAUUAUUAAUAGCUUGCCAAAGAACAUCUGGGUACAGGUAGAAAUAGAUUGUGAGGAGCUUCAACAAACAAGUCCAUUGUCGUAUGUCAUGCCACCGAUGUCCAAGACUGAAAUCCCUGUGGCAUUUGAGACAAGUUCAUUUGGCAAAUUUAAGAAGUCUAUUACUUACACUGUGAAUAACAAGCAUACUGGAUACGUAUUGAUAACUGCAAAAGCUGUUGCUGUUGCCCUUGAGCUGUCAUCUCGUGAACUGGUUCUGAGGCCUAACUAUGACUUUUUAGUUGAAACAGGAUUUAGAUCUUCAAUAAGAUUGUACAAUCGCAGGAAUCACCUGGCUGAAUUUAGCUGGAAGCCAAUCAUAUCAGAAAAAGGAAUAGCUUUCUCCAUACGUCCAGCCAGAGGUAUAGUUGAAGCUCACAAAGACCUUGAAUGUGAAGUUGUAUGGCAUCCAGGUUUCAACUCCCCAGACGUAGGUGAAUUCAAUCUAUGUGUUCAACAGGGAAAUACACUGAAGCUGAAAUGCAUUGCUGAGCUUGGGUCUACAAGUGUCCAGUUUACUGAACAACGAGUGCUUUUUCACCACGCUCCACUUGGACUAACAACGUGCAAGAUAGCCAUUAUUCAGAAUACAGGAGUGAACCAUGCAUAUUUUCAAGUUGUGGAUUUGAAUCCCUUGCCUGGAAUGACAAUAACACCAUCUCACGGUGUAGUUCCUGUGGGAGGACACGUCACACUACGAAUCUUUUUCACUCCAGAUGCUGUCAUGAAGUUUGAUACAAGAGUUGAAGUAUCUGUACGCAAUACCAGACCACUAGAACUGAGAAUUGGAGGAUCAGUAGUGCCUCCUGAAGUAGAUAUUUCUGUUAGCUCAUUCCUCUUUCCGGGCGUGUAUGCGGAUUCCACUCAGGUCAUACCAUUUAUGCUUCAAAACAAAGGGUUGGCACGUUCAAAAGUAGAAUUUGACCUUUCCAAAUAUGAUGACUUUUCUAUGACUUUCAAAGACGAAUCAGUGGUUGAUGUUGAUCCAUUAUAUCCUCGUGUAUAUGUUGUGGAUUUAGAAGAGAAGGAGUCCUUCCAAUGUGCUUUGAACUUUAAUCCUAAAGAGGUGGCAGCAUAUGACUUUCAACUUCCAAUAAAUAUUAAUUUCAUGGGACGCUUAUCUCAUUCUGACAGUUCUUUGCCUGUCACUCCAACCAAUUCUGAAAAGCAUAUAGUUGUUCCCAGGCCCCAAAUGGUGAAUGUCACCACACCAGUUUGUAGGGUGAAUGCUACUGUUUUACAACAUUUGAUCAGGUUCUCACGCAACAGAUUUGAAUUUGAACUGAAAUCUGGAGUUUUGGAUUUGGGUAUUACAGAUCAAGCUCUUUGCUCAGAGAAACUUGAAUUGACCAACAUCUCCAAGCACGUUGUGAACUGGAAGCUCAAUCUAGAUCAAGCUGGAGGAGUCAUAGAAGAUGGAAUAUUUAAGUUCAGCAAACGUUCAGGUUUGCUCCAACCAGGAGAAAUGACUUGCAUCACUGUUUCCUUUUGUCCGUCUGGUCCUGGCAAUUUUGUAUUUGAAAUACAUGUGAUCCUGAAUGAUAAUCCUGACAAUCACUUCAUACCUCUGUAUUUGGUUGGAAAUGUCACAAGACCAAAGCUAGUAUUUGAUCCGCCUUUUGUGCUAAUGACUCCUGUCCCUUUGGAUACAGAAGCUCAAGCAAUUGUUGAUAUAAUCCCAAUUGAUUUUUUCAGGCAAUCUGAAAUAACAGUCAAAUGUCCACAUAUAGAGUUUGAAAAUGGUGAGCAGGAAAACCUGUUUUCUUUACACUUCCCAAAUGGACAGACCAUUUCCAACUCCGGGGACAAAAGUGAAAGGAUCGUUCUACAGAUUAUCUUCAAAUCAUCCAGACCAGCUUCCUGCUUGGUUGAACUACUAUUCAGCGAUGAAUACAAUAAUCAGUUUUCACUUCAUGUUGCAGCGAUAGCAGAGAACUGCAUUCUCACUGUGUACCCUCAUUUGGCAUACCACCGUACAGACGAGCAAGUUAUUUUAAAAAGUGGCCAUAAUGGAAAGAAUGGAAAAUGCUCCGGGGAAGCUGUCCUACGUCCUUGCUAUAUUCCAGGAACACCAUCUUUGAGUACUUCCUCUAGUUCCCUUGGUGCAGUUACAAGCUCGACAUAUGAAGCAUCGCUCUUGGAAGAUGACAGCUUCCCAGAAAAUGAAAAAACACAAUACCAAAGGACAAAGGAUACAUUUGAGCUGUCAUUUUUUCCAGAAGAAGAUUCAGAAGAAGGUUUCUUCUUCCAGAAAGUUUUAACUGCAGUUCAGAUGUGGUUCAGUCUUUUCGGAUGGGCUAGUGGAUGUAAUCCCAUCUCAAUUCCAAACUCACUUUGGAGUGGGGUGUGCAAAAUUCAGUUAUCAAAGUCUGAACGAAAGGUUGUGAAAACAAUAAAUCUGGGCAAACAAACAAAAACCAUUUAUGACAUGCUGUUCUACCUGAGUGGACAGAUGCUGCCUGGAAUUUCUGCAAGCCAGUCACUGCCCUCUGACCCCACAGAAAGAGUGCUACAGCUUCAUUGGCAACAUGCAACAUUGCUCACUUUCCUCAAAAACCAAGGAGCAUUUCUUCCUCAUAUCAAACCAGAAUUCUUACUAGAACCACUCGACUACGAAAGAUGGAUGCAAGUACAGAUCCAGUUUAAAGAUUUGCAGAAUACCGGAAAUAAGAGUAACGCAGAAAACAAUUUUCUGCAGAUUGACUCCAAUGCAUUUCUUUCUGUGAGUAAACGUGCAUGGACAGAUGUAUUGCUACAGAUAUACAAGGUAUUGAUUCUUGCACGCGUGUCUCUAAGAAAGAGCAUAACUGACCGUGUUACUGAAUUUAUUCCUAAAAUGAGUUCUGAGCCUUUGUCAAGUAACAUAUACUCCACGUCAGAAAGAAUUCUCCUUACCUGGCUCAAUGUGAAUUACGAGAAGAUGAGAAAAGUAGCAUGGAAGGAUUGUCAAAAAGGUGAUGUACCAGCCACAAGAUGGAUAAUGAACUUUGAUAAAGACCUUUUAGAUGGUCUUGUACUCUCGGCUCAGGUGGCAGCAUAUUGUCCAUAUUUAAUUUCUACUCACUUUACAUGCAUGUAUACCAACCCUGAAAGCCCUGAAGAAUGUCUACAUAAUUGCCUGAUCCUUGUCAAUGCAUUACGUGCAAUCAACCUUAAAAUAGACAUACAGGCAACUGACAUCUGUGAUCCAAAUCCAAUAUUGCUGCUUAUGUUGUGUGUCUACUUGCACGAAAAAUUGCCACUGUAUGUGCCUAAAAAUACGAUUGAAUUCAAUGGGGUUCUGCAUGAGACAGUUUCAAGACAGGUUUGUGUGAAAAAUCCAAGCAGCAAACCCUUAGUGUACAAUGCUACAAUUAUAGGGAAAGGGUCAGCUGAUUUCUCUCUGCCCAAGGGGAACACAAUUACAAUUGCUCCAAAAAGCCAGACAUCUAUAACUGUGGAAUACAAGAGUCGUUUCUUGCAUCCUAAUGAAGCCACCAUGUUUCUGGUGUCAAGUCCUGGCAGUGGGGCUGGUGGCUCCACCUUGGCUUUCCAACUUCAAUCAAAAGUGACUAGCAUUGUACUUACGGGUGUGUAUAAGGAAGAAUCACCUUGCUAUGAAUUGAAGAAAAUCAGUGUAUUAGUUCAGAGUCCUUACAAAACUCAAGGAAAGUUUAGGGUGAUGUUAGUGGAAUCCACAAGUUACUUAUCAUCGCUUGAUCAGUUACAGGAAGUCAACCAGAUAAAGCAAAAAUAUGCUCACAGCACUGACUUCAAUGAACAUUGUCUUUCCAAUGUGAUUUGUGAAAAAAAUAAUGACGAUGGAGAAUUUUCCCAAGAAUUCGAACCCAGUUUUUUACGCCACUUUUUUUGUUCAACAAAUUUGCUUUUUUUAGAAGAAAAUGAAACUGCUUCUCUGCAAAUUAUCUUUCUUCCAUUCAGCCUUGGAAAUCGUUGUUGUACAAUUAUUUUCAGUAAUGAGCAGAUUGGAGACUUUGUAUAUAUGAUAGAAGGAACCGGUAUACCUCCUUUGCCUUCCGCUUUGCUUCCUGUGGACAGUGAAAAUAUUUUACGUAUCAGCCAUGCCACUCAAGGCUUCAGAAGUGGACAGAAGAAAAUGUAUUUAAAAUGCAACGAGGGGAAUGUUCUUGAAGAAACGCUACAAAUCCCGCUGGUUAAUAAAGCCAGAGAGAAAGCAUUAGCUAUUGCAGCACAGAUGCAAAUGACUUCUUUGGAGUACGAACGGAGAAAGAUCACUGGGACACUAGAGGGCAGCACUGUGCGAGCUGCAGUGGCAGCAUUAGGGCUGAAUAACAUUAAGGCUAAAUCAUCAUUCAAAUCUUCCUCUUUUUCAUCUUGCUCCAAAAAGAUGAAAUUGAUUGAUUAUGAUGUGGAAAUUAGCAUGCCUGAGCACUUUGAGAUUCCCAAGAAUAUUUCUAUCCCGGUGUCAGCAAAAAUGCAACUUGCUGAUACAUCUGUCCCGGUGGACAACGAACAAGAUGGAACGAAUAGGGUUUUACUUGCAAUGCGAUUUGUCCCUGAGAAACCUGGUCGCUAUCCUUGCCAAAUCUUGCUACGUUCUGCUCAUGAUGUACGAGUGUAUAUGAUUGAGUGUGUGGUCAACCCAAGCAGCACAGACAUCGAGCUUGAAUUUAUUACUCCUGCCUGUGAAGCAGUGAUUCAAGACAUACCAGUAAGUAACAUGACCGAACAAGACUGGAAGAUAAAAGCUGUCUUGGAAGGAGGUUCAUUUUAUGGCCCUCCAUAUCUGUUUAUACCAGCAGGUGAAACAGCUCAGUACUCUCUGAUGUUUAAGCCUGUUUCACGAUGCAUGUGUCUGGGAAGACUAAUACUUCAAAAUGAAACAGAUGGCACAGAACAUAUAUUUGGCCUCAAAGGUAUUGGCCAAGAACCCCUGGCAGUGGAUCAUAUCGUGAUAGAUUGCCAAGUGAGGCAAAUUACACAGAAGGUCCUUAUGGUGCCCAAUUAUACUAACAACAAAUUGACAUUCAAGGUGACAUCAGAUAUUCCAAUUGUAGGUGGACCUCAAACCAUUACUGUAAACCCUGGCACAUCAACGCCUUACACUGUGAAUGUAUCACCAUGGAAACGUGGCUUAUUUCAAGGUAUCAUUUCAUUUACUAAUGAAGAAAAAGAGCAGCGAUUUCAACAGGACAGUCCACCACAGAAUACAGAUAGCAGAGACACUAGUAUUUCAUCAUCAGAUAAAUCAUCAUCGUCCCAUGUAGCAAGCAUAGGAAAGAAAUCGCCUUACAAAGUGUGGUUUUCAGUCGAAAUUAAGAGUCACCCAGCUCCACCUGAAAGAACGAUAAUUGUGAAUUGUCCUGUCUUGGAAACAGUUGGUAUUGAUAUACCUAUUACUAAUCCCAUGAGUUGCAUUCUGUCCAUGGAUGUAUUAUUAACUGGAUCUGAUCUUACUGGAGAGAAAAGUUUUAUUCUGCAAUCAAGAGAAACAUUUCCUUACAUGGCAAAAUAUUCUCCAACAAGACGAGGAACAACAUAUGGAAGUGUGAUUUUCCAGUCUGAAGUUUGUGGAGAAUUUUGGUAUGAAUUAAAGCUAAAAUCAGAGAAACCAUUGCCUAAAACACUUGCCCCAUUGCCAUGUGAACUUGGAAAAUGGGCUCGCCUUAUUAUUCCAUUACAUAAUCCAACAGAGGAGACUUUAGAGCUUGAUGUUGUCAAUAGUAACCCUGAGCAUUUCUCAGUGGAAGUAGACCCAACGAUGCCAGUAUUGGUGCCACCUCACACUACUAGUGAAGUUACAGCCAAGUUUUGCCCAUCUGCCCUUGGUAAAGGAAAUCACAGAGCAUCCAUCACCUUUAAAAAUCCACAGGUAGAAGAAUGGAUGUUCCAUGUUUCUGGGAUAGGUCUCAUACCCCAGCCCAUGGAGUCGGCAAGCAUAAGUGCUAGUGUCGGUGGUUUAUCCUCUAUUACUAUUCCCUUUAGAAAUCCAACAGAUGAACAUGUUCUUAUUGAUGUGAUUCUAACAGAUCAAGAACAGACCAUGCAUCGUCUAAGUGCAUCUAUUCUGCGCCAUUCGAUCAGUAAACAAUCUGCUUUCUGUCUGCCUCUGAAACAAACACAAGGAAUCCCAUUGGCUCCCAAGGAGAAGUUCGAUAUUGUUGUGUUAUUUGCACCAGACAUAAUGAAACUAUGUGAAGCAUUGGUUGUAGUGCACAUGGUAAAAGCAAAUGGUGACAUCUGGGCUCAGGAUAAUUUUGAAGAAUCAAAGACAGAGCUCAAAAGUAUAACCAGGACUGAGAAUGGAGAAAUUUCAGGUAUAAGGUGGAUUUACCCAAUUCAUGGAAUACCAGAAGCAAAGCCUUUGAAGUCCUCUCCAGCUGUUGUGUGUUGUCAAGCAAGGAGUCGAACUGAAGAAAGAGUAGAAGUUUUGCUAACGGGUGUUGUUCCGGGUCAGACUGCUAUGCCAGAAACUGCUUGUGGCGUUAAACAUGGAGAAAGUACAAAUCAAGUACAGGAGGAAGUUCAAGUCAGCAAUGGGUUCAGCACGACAGAAGAAUUUUUAUACGAAAUAACAUAUGAAUCUGAAGAACUGAAAUCCCAGUUAGAACCAUCUGUGGCUAUUGAGCUGGUAAGGAAAGAAAGAGAUGCGCCAUCUGGGAUUGUCACAUUAACAUUCAACCUAAUCUUUGCACCCAAUAAAGCAGUGCGACACUCUGUCACGUUAGUGGUAAAAUGUGCCACAGGUGGAAUUUGGAAGUUCCCCAUUCAACUAAUUGCUACUGAGCCCAAUGUUGAUGAUGUGAUUGAGAUUGAAGCCAUAGGUCUAAACAAAGAAUCCGUUGUCGGUUUCAGACUUACAAGUCAAACAAGGUACCCUGAGCCGUUUAGUGCAUACUUCUUACCAGGCAGUGAUAAGGAGUUUUUAGUAUCUCCACAAACUGGAGAAUUGCUUCCUCUUGGAACAGCUGGAACACUUAUGACUGUAGGUUUCAAGCCCACUAUGUACAGCAAGAAACACAAAGCAACACUGGUUGUACAGACAUCGACCAUGCAGUGGACUUAUGAAAUCAAAGGACGAGAUCCAAAAACUUUGCCUCCUAAAAAUGUCUCACCCAAAAUACGUUCUGUGGGUAUUAAGCAGCCAGUAUAUGUACAGCAGCGUAAUUAUAUACGUGAAAACCUGAAAAUUGCAACAACAGCAGUAUCUUCGCCUAUUAAAGGAACACCCUUGGUUUUAAGAACAAAGUAGAUACUGUGUGAAUAUCUUAUCAUAUUUUUAUA